AUGGCCCCCUCCUCUCUGGCGGUCUGGCCACUGCCAACUGUGCUCAUCCAGGUUGUUGAUUAUGAAAACAUAAAGAUCGUAUCAGGAGAUCAACAGGAUUUUACUGCCAUUUCUUCCUGCAAUGGCCCAUGUAAAACGGAGGAUGACUGCUCCGGCCAACUCAUUUGCAUCAGUGGGAAAUGCAAUGAUGACCCUAAUGUUGAGACUCUCACUUGCACCGGAAAAGGUCCUGCACCACCUUCAAAUAGCGACUGCAGGCCCUUUGGAACCCUUAAAUGCAAAGGAAAAUCUUUUCCCCAGUUCGCGUGUUCCCCUCCAGUAACUUCUUUUACUAAAGCUAGUCUAACACUCAAUGACUUUAGCGAAGGAGGGGAUGGUGGAGCCCCAUCCGAGUGUGACGAGAAGUUUCAUGAGAAGACGGAGCUGGUAGUGGCGCUUUCCACUGGUUGGUAUGCUGGACGAUCAAGAUGUGGAAAGAUGAUAAAGAUUACGGCAAGAAAUGGAAGGACCGUGGUAGCUAAGGUGGUGGAUGAGUGUGACUCGAGGAAUGGAUGCGACAGCGAACAUGCUGGCUUGCCACCUUGUAGGAACAAUAUUGUUGAUGGGUCUGAUGCGGUUUGGGAAGCUUUGAGACUGAACAAAGACUUGGGUGUUGUGGAUGUGACUUGGUCAUUGGCUUAG